AUGAUUGACAUCCUCAACAUCGGGGAGGAGCCAGUCAUCGACGAUCGCAUCGUCAAGAUUGAAACUCACUCGUACAAUCCGUUUGCUAACACGACAUUUGGACACAGCGAUGAGAUAAGAAUACCUAUACAACAACAGGAUCUCUAUACGUUGCCGCAUGAAAGUUUCCUGUACAUUGAGGGAAAACUAAUUACUGCCAAACAAGUCCCUGAGUCCGAGGUCGAACUGGGAAAUAAUUGCGUCGCGUUCAUGUUCGAUGAGAUCCGAUAUGAACUUGACGGCGUGGAGAUUGAUCGUACCAGAAACGUUGGAAUAACCAGCACGCUCAAAAACUACGUUUCGGCAUCAGUCGAUAAAAUGGCGACUCUGAAGAAUGCUGGCUGGGAUGUGGCAUUCAAUGGGAAGGGAGAUUUCAAUUUUUGCGUACCGCUCAACAUGCUAUUGGGAUUCUGUGAAGAUUACAAACGCGUGGUAAUUAACGCUCGUCACGAAUUGAUUUUAAUACGAUCGCGCAACGACACCAAUUGCCUGUUUGGAGCUGUAACACUGGAGCCACAGCUUGAAAUAUUCAAGAUACAGUGGCGAAUGCCGCAUGUGUUGUUAAACGAGGUGAACAAGCUAUCGAUGCUGCGUACUUUGGAAAGUGGACGAUACCUCAAUAUGUGUUUUCGUUCAUGGGAUCUCUAUGAGUUUCCGCUAUUGCAGCAGACGACUAAACAUUCGUGGGCUAUUAAAACAGCUACUCAGCUCGAGAAGCCGCGAUAUGUUAUCUUCGUUCUGCAAACAGGUCGGAAGAAUAUAAUGUCUGAGAAUGCGA